AAAGGCCGACGUAGAUGCGGCACGGUGGGCUUGCUACGCUAAUAAAAAAAAAAAAAAAAAAAGCCAGAUUCCUGAGAAAUGUCUGCGUUUCCAGGAGCAUGGAGCAUGGAGAUUGCUUGAAGCAGCCUGUUGAGGAGCGGAUGUGAGGGAGGACAGUAAAAAGCUUAGGGAUCAGGACAGGGCUUGAUAUAAAGGCUCGCUGGGACAAGACGCUCAGACCAGUCAAGCUCUGCUCAUCUUGAAGCACACUUCCCCAAGCAACUGACCAAAGCUGAAACAGCACGGGAGAGCGGAAUGAGCAUGCGCGGAGCCGUGGCUGCUUGUGUGGUGCUGGCGUGCGUGAUGGCACUGCUGGUCGAGAGGACAGAAGGUCACAUCACUUUCUUCAGCCCGAAGGAGAUGAUGCUGAUGAAGGAGCGAGAAGGCAGGAAGGACAUGGAGCCACGAUCAGAGGACGGUCAGUUUGAAGAAGUCACCGUCCAACAGGUCCCUCAGGUGGAACGUGGUGGAAAUCCUGAUAAAACCGUGGAGUUUGCUGUCCGUCUUUCACCCAAACAGCUGGAUCAAGUGGCUCCGGUGCUCGAAGAGAUCAUCCACGAAAUAGUAGAGGAGCGUCAGAAAGCCAAAUAGUGAGGCACAAACGGAUGAACUCUGUAAAAAUUCUUCAAGAAGCACUGAAUGUCUUAUUGUGUUGUAAUCGAUCAGUCAAUAAAGGGAGAUGUGAUUGAGUGAA